GAGCCUCCUGGCCCCGCUGGAACCGCCCCGAGAGCUCCACGUGCCCUCUUUGGGGAAAAAAAUGACCCCGGGACUGAGCCCUCCGCCCUCGGGAACGGCCACGGCUUCGUCACCGCCGCCGCCACCGCCGCCCACGGCCAGGAAAAUGUUCACGGGGCUGCCGGCGCCGGCGCUGCACAAGAAACUGAGGCACGAGCAGCUGCGGGUGGACAUCAAGAGGGAGAUGAUGGUCACAGCAGGAGGAGGAGGAGGAGGAGGAGGAGGAACGGGGGGGAUCCUGCCCGGGGAGCCCCCGGUGCCGCCACCAUCGGAGCCGUCCUGGGCGGCUGCGUCCGCCCGCGAGGAGAUGGCGCCGCUCAACCUCUCCUCCCGCGCCGACCCUGUCCGCGACAUCCGCUGCGAGUUCUGUUCAAAUGUGGGGGGCUGAGAUCCCAUCCCAGAGAUUUUGGGCCC